AUGAGCUAUAUAACAACCGAAUUUCGAGGGCCAGAAAAACUCGUACCGACAUCUAAUCGUUGUAUAACUAAUACUUAUAACCAUCAAACCGAAGCAAACGCAAAUUGGAUCCUUGACAAUCAGCAGAUGGAGUUUGACUGUACUCAAAAUCGUAAUGAACAUACUGACAGUCCUCUGAACGAAAGGUCAAUUAACAACAGUAAGCUCGAUGAAAAUGAUAACGGCAACCGUUUAUAUAAACGGAAAAAAUUGAUAAUAAAGCCAUAUGUUAACGAUAAACAUAAUCAAAAUACAUAUGCCUCGGUGUUAAAGUUUCCGAAAAUGUUGUUUAUACCGAAUGAAAAUACAACUCGUUAUGGCAAAUUAUGGGAUAAUAAUAAGGGACGCACUCCGCAUUCAAGAGUACCCUGGAACACUCAAGAAGAUCGACGUUUACGCGAGUUGUAUGUUCGUCUGGGGCCAAGAUGGUCAAAAAUUGCUGCUCAAUUAGGCACUGCUAGAUGUGGAAAACAAUGUGAAGAGAGAUAUAACUAUCAUCUAAGACCAAACAUUACUAAGGAUCCGUUAAGCAAACUAGAAAAAAUGGCCAUCUCAAGAUUGCAUCAAAUUUAUGGACCAGAAUGGGCACGCAUAGCUAAGCGACUUCGCGGACGUACUGGUCUUGCG